AAUUCCUGUCAAUCUGUAGACUACUGCGUUUGAAAAUAGUAGUGUGAUGGCUGAGGCGGCUCCAGAUCCUGAGGUACAGCCAGGAGACGUUGGCGAUGAUGAAGAAACGCCAGGCUACAAAGCUCCUAAACAAGUAGAUUUGGAGACUCUUCAGAAUCUCGAUGCAGACGACGAAUCGCUAGUGAAAUACAAGCAAGCCUUGCUAGGAAACGCGGGAGAGUUGCCGAAAGACAAGACUGGUCCUAAUGUGGUUGUUGAAAAGUUUUGUAUCCUUUCGAAGGACAGGGAGAAGAAAGACAUUGAUCUAACUGGUGAUCUUACAAAACUGAAGAGCAAUCCGGUGGUCAUCAAGGAAGGCACUGAAUUUAAGAUUGAAAUCCAGUUCAAGGUGAAUUAUGAGAUUGUUGCUGGGCUGAAAUAUAUGCAUGCGAUUUACAGAAAGGGAAUUAGAGUGGAUAAGUCAGGCUACAUGGUUGGUAGCUAUGGUCCAAAGCCAGAAGUCCAAACUUGGAGCACUCCAUAUGAAGAGGCACCCAAAGGCAUCCUCGGUCGGGGACACUACACACUGAAGAGUAGAUUCACAGAUGAUGACAAAAACGAUAUCUUGUCUUGGGAAUGGUCGUUUGACAUCAAGAAGGAUUGGGAAUGAAUUACAUUGGACAAUAUUCAAAAACAGAACGUUGUUGUCUCUUGUUUUGUUUGCUUGGUCGUGGUCUGCUUGUUUGAUCUGAGGAGACAAAAUAAUAGAAUACAAGGGAAAAACA